CAGGCUCGUGCUCAGGACGGAGUCUCGUCUCCUCCGCAGUCUGCUCCGCGCGCCUCCGCAGCCCCUUCCCCGGGAUUCUAACUCUUAUCCCCGCUGUGGAGCCUCGCCGAGAGCCGCCGGCACACGCCGCUAAAGACGAGGAUGCGACAGGUUGGAUUCAGUCCCCCGUGUUUCUCCUGAACGAUGACGAUGGGUCAGAGAAAGAAAUCAUGCUGGUGAGGCAAACGAGCAGCAGUCCACCCCUGAAAAUCUACCGCGGAUACACCAACUGACACGACCAUGCCCCGUUUGCCCCCGUGAUUCUCCUCCCCUGACCUGCGCACCUUCCCUCUGCCCAAUCGACCCCAACCACAACUCCCUCUUGAAGUCAGCAUGGCGACACCCUUUUUGUGGAAGCUCUCGUCCCAGAAGCUGGGCUUCUUCCUGGUCAGCUUCGGCUUCAUCUGGGGCAUGAUGCUGCUGCAUUUCACCAUCCAGCAGCGAGCCAGCCAUGAGAACAGCGCUGUGCUGCGGCAACAGAUCCUGGACCUCAGCAAGCGCUAUAUCAAAGCACUGGCCGAGGAGAACCAAAGUGUCAUGGACGGGCCUUAUGUCGGAACCAUGACCGCUUAUGACUUGAAGAAGACCCUCGCAGUGUUGCUGGAUAACAUCAUGCUGAGGCUGGGCAAGCUAGAGUCAAAGGUAGAGAACAUCUACAACGGUACAGGGGGGAACCUGACCAGUGGCACCAGCACAGCCACACCCAGUGCUGCAAACUCUGAGAAGGUCAACGUGGCAGACCUCCUAAAUGGAGCCCAGGAGAAGUGUGAGCUGCCGUCCUUGGAUGGUUUCCCUCACUGCGAGGGCAAAAUCAAGUGGAUGAAGGAGAUGUGGCGCUCAGACUCCUGCUAUUCCAACUACGGCGUGGAUGGAUCCACCUGCUCCUACUUCAUCUAUCUCAGUGAGGUGGAGAACUGGUGUCCUCGUCUGCCCUGGAGGACGAAGAUCCUGAAUGAAGAAAUCGACAGGAGGGGACAGGCCGAGUUCCGCACCAGUUUCGAGGAGCUGUACCGGGUGAUGUCACAACGGGAGGAGUUCCGCUGGAUGAUGCUGAGGAUCAAGCGCAUGGCCGAGCCGUGGGUCAGCGCCAUCCGCUCGCUGGCCGCCAAGCAGAACCUGGCUAAGCGCCGGAGGAAGAAGAUCUUGGUUCACCUGGGCCUCCUGACUAAAGAGUCUGGCUUCAAGAUUGCAGAAAACGCCUUCAGCGGCGGCCCACUGGGAGAGCUGGUCCAGUGGAGUGACCUAAUCACCACGCUGUACCUGCUGGGCCACGACGUUCGCAUCUCAGCCUCCCUGGCCGAGCUCAAAGAGAUCAUGCGGAAGGUUAUGGGGAACAAGUCCAGUUGCCCGACACAGGGCGACAAGGUGGUCGAGCUCAUCUACAUCGACAUUGUGGGACUGACCCAGUUUAAGAAGACACUGGGACCUUCCUGGGUCCAUUACCAAUGCAUGCUGCGGGUGCUGGACUCGUUCGGGACGGAACCGGAGUUCAAUCACGCCCACUACGCCCAGUCCAAGGGCCACAAGACGCCCUGGGGGAAGUGGAACCUCAAUCCCCAGCAGUUCAACACCAUGUUCCCUCACACCCCAGACAACAGUUUCCUGGGCUUCGUAGUGGAGCAGCACCUCAAUGCCAGCGACAUCAGGCACAUAGACGACAUCAAGAGGCAGAACCAGUCGCUCGUCUACGGAAAGGUUGACAACUUCUGGAAGGAUAAGAAGAAAUACCUCGACAUUAUCCACAGCUACAUGGAGGUUCACGGCACCGUGCACGGCACCAGCACAGUGCACCUGCCGAGCUACGUCAAGAACCAUGGCAUUCUGAGCGGCCGAGACCUGCAGUUCCUUCUCCGAGAAACCAAGUUGUUUGUGGGUCUGUCGUUCCCCUACGAGGGUCCCGCUCCGCUCGAGGCCAUCGCCAACGGCUGCGCCUUCCUCAACCCAAAAUUCAACCCACCGAAGAGCAGCAAGAACACGGACUUCUUCAAGGGCAAACCCACUCUGAGAGAGCUGACCUCUCAACAUCCGUACGCCGAGGUGUACAUCGGUCAGCCUCAUGUGUGGACCGUGGACAUCGACAACUCCGCAGAGGUGGAGAAGGCCAUCCGCUCAAUCCUCAGCCAGAAGAUCGAGCCCUACCUGCCCUAUGAGUUCACCUGCGAGGGGAUGCUGCAGAGAGUCAACGCCUUCAUCGAGAACCAGGACUUCUGUCACGGUCAGGUGAUGUGGCCUCCUCUCAGCGCCCUGCAGGUCAAACAGGCGGAGCCCGGGCGCACGUGUAAGCAGGUGUGUCAGGAGGAGCAGCUCAUCUGUGAGCCGUCGUUCUUCCAGCACCUCAACAAGGACAAGGACUUGGCCAGGUUUGGCGUGGACUGUCAGACGGUGGAGUCGAGCGCCGACACGUUGGUCCCCGCCUACAGCGAGAAUCGCCACCACUGCAUCUUCCAGUCCGACCUGCUGCUGUUCAGCUGCGCCGGCGCCCACCAGUCGCUGCGCCGCAUCUGCCCCUGCCGCGACUACAUGAAGGGCCAGGUGGCGCUGUGUAAAGACUGCCUAUAGCAGCCACACGCCAGCUGACGGGGGGGGGGUGGACACAGACGCUGGUGAGGUUCGGGGGCGGAGGGAUGAAGUUAAACGACGUCAGAGCAGCUUAACGAGUGUGUGUGUGUGUGUGUGUUUGAGAGACAUAGACACACACACACACACACACACUGAACUCCUGUGUGUGUGCGGACAAACAUUCAUAAGUGUGUGUUCGUCAUAGUCAUGUCUUGAAGCUGCCAACCUGAGCGGCCAUCACUCCUUGCAUUCACCAGCGGGGGGCGCCACAGGUCCCUGGAAGGGAAGUGAAGUGACUCCAGUCGACAAAGGGAUUUAACAGGAAACGCCGCAGCUCUGCAGACUGGGCGUGUCCGUGAAGCUCAACAUGGCGGCACAGCGAGGCCAAAGAGACGGCAACGCCCCUUCCUGACAGCUGCCCCGCCCAACUCACCCGCCCCCUACACUCCAUCCUCCUCCCUGCUCAAAUCUGAAACUGCUCAUUGUUUAGGUAGGUUUGCACUGGACUGGCAUGCCUGGAGCCCCCCCCCCCCCCAACACACACAUAUCUACACACACACACGGGGAGGGGCCUGACAAAUGGCGGCUAAAAAUGAAACCAGUUUUACACUGUAACCAACUUGUUCCUCUCUCGUGGACGGACGUGACGAGAGCAGACAUGUAAAAUAGAUAUCUAGAUUUUUAUUCUGGAACUUUUAUCGUUUCCUGACACAUCCUCCACCUUUCAUUCCCUCACAAGCGGGAGCGUCCACGUGUGGAUUUCAAGUCGCACGCUCAUUCUAGCGUCUUAUUUAAACGUCUCCAGAGGAGCGAGUGUUCGUGUGACAGGCCAGUAGAGAAUCAUAGAAGUGUUUCAGCCCUCCGGACGCACACCGGGAGGGAGGGGUCAUUCUCCGCAGUCGUAGGAACGUCGUGACGUAGACGGUAGCACGUGGUCAGUAGCAGCGGUGACACCCAGACGCAUCACAGCCUGCGGAGCAACGUGAAGAACCUUCCCCACGUACGUCGGCCUCCGUACGUACGCAAAGUAAACCACACACUCCAGCAUCGACCACACAACAGCAGCUGUUAAACCCGUCUAACGCAGCGACACGCCAAAAACCUCACAUCUCCUCGCUCGCUCCGCAUCAUCGUCAGGAUCUUAAUUUGCCUGCAGGUUUGCAAACCUUAAGAUAAAAGUUCAAUUUGUAGUUCUUUGUGGUGAAAGAAAAAAAAAGUGCACUACUUUUGUCUGUUAGAGGUUCAAGGAGAUGUUAGUAACACUGUAUAAUGUUCAUAUGGGUUUUUAUUUAUUUUGUAUACAGAUCUUUAUCUUUAUCUCCAUUUUUGCUGGAAAUCUUUAGUUUUUUAUUUAUAGAGGGGGCGUCGUCUUUCUUUUUGUUCCUUUUUAUAGAUUUUUAUUUAUGGAGAGUAAUUUAAAAAAUAAAAGAACUGCUUUUCUUCAAGUGUAGGAGGGGGCGGGAGCUUUGUCUGCAUCUGUUCCUCUUCUAGACGUGAGGAGAAGAAGAAAUAAAAGUCGUUUUUGAAAUUUUUAGAAGUUUGAGAACUGGGACAUUUUUUAGAAAUGAACCCGUCUAAUUUUAGUAUAAUCAAACUGUUUAUAGGUUUUUCGAACGUACGCAUGGAUUUACAGUGACUUUCUUUUAUGAACCUGCAAAAUAUAUUGAAAAUUUUACAGUACAUUUCUGAAUUUACGCUCAAAUAUACGUUUAAAGAUUCAAGAGUUGCUGCAGAAACAAGUGAUGUUGAACUGGGAAAAAUUCAGCUGCAGAAUUGUAAGUAAGAAAAACUUGAAUUUUCUCUUCUUCUCAUCACGGCCUCUUUAAGUCGAACAGCUGCGGACAGAUGUGGCCUGUUUUAUUGUGAAAGGGCCUCAUACACUUUGAUUUCCAAUCUUUUUUUUUUUUUUUUGCACAGACACCGUCCAGCUUUACGAUCUCACUGUGUUAUGUGUCUAUUUGUUUGCUCAAGUGUUUUCAAACAGGUCAGUGAUCUGCCGCCAUCUUUGCGUCUCAUGUGCCUUCUCAUGGUUCCGCUUGUUCCGGGUUCAGUUCCGGCGGUCGAUCUGUGCCGCGUCGCUAAAUCCAACCUCAUUGCUUAAAUCUGUUUUACGUGAAAUGAUUUUAAUUCAAAAUUAAAGAUUAUAUUUUUCUUACUUUAAUUUAAUACACUUUGUUUUUACAUGUUAAUUAUAUAAUCAACCCAAUCCUAAUUUAUUCAGUUCAAUAAGGAGAAGUGUGAUGACUCAGCCAAUCACUGCUGAUCAUCAGUAAAUAAUAAGAUCAGUGGAUUUAUUUUUAAUAAAGAUUUUCAUUUCCUGCAGUAACAUCAAUUCCCCACUGUGAUAAAUCUGGAGGAUUUCAUGGAUGUACAUCAGAUGUGUUCAGUGUUGCUUUGUUUUCUGCACGUGACGAACAUACAAGCGGUUUCCUGUUUUCUUUUCUUUCCUCAAAGGUGUGAGCACUGACACGUUGGACCCAAACCUCUGCUGUCACUUCUCACUUCAGUUUUUUUUUUUUUUAAUCAUCAUUCUCAGCAGAUUCCAGAAAAAGACCAAAACCAACAGUGUGUCCAUUUGUUUCUCUGCCAUAGAUGAAGAUAUAUAACACACAUUCACUGGUCAUGUGAUCAGGCCAUUAUUGGUUUGGGUCUUUUAAGGGUUUUGUUAUUUUUAUGUUGAUUCUUGUUCUGAAAGAUUUGAAAAUGUCCACUGAUGCAUCUUGAAAGAUCAGUUGAGAUUUUAGUCGUUUGUUGCAGCAGAGGCCUUUUUUUUUAAUUUACUUAGUUUUUUAAGCCUUCGAUCACUCAUCAAGAGUUUGGUUUCCAGAAGCUGAUUAAAGAUCAUGAACGUCACAGUUUGUUUGUUUUAACCUGAAUGUCUCGUAAAGAAAAACUUAAUUCACAGUGGAGCAAACACAUCGAUCCUUGUUUCUAAAUCUCUGAGCCUCAGCGUCUGAAACAGCAGAGCGGUGACGAUCGCGGUGAAGAACGACAACGGGUUUGUUUUCAGUCCUUGAUGAGUAAAGAGGGAUAUAACUUUAUUUUUAAAUAAACCUUUUUCUGUGA